GUGGACAGAUUCAUUUUGGGGUAGUUGCCUUCAGAAGGGUUUACUUGGAUACCGUACAGAACAGGUGUGUAGUCCAUGAGGUGUGAUUCUUCCUGCGCGUCCUCUGUUCUUCCUCGGGGUGACUAUAAUAUAUAUUGUGAUGGACAAUGUCAGAGAGAUGCACGGAGGUCGGCGCCACAUUACGACCUGAACUUGGCUAAAGGAUUGGACAGAGAAUUCAACUGAGCGAUAUUACAUCUCAGCUCUGAAAGACACUGAUGCUCUCAUGUCCAAAUGUAUCGGGAGGGUAGAAGACAGAGUGACCUUCAGCUGUCCACAAGGUCAUGUCAUAUACCAGCCAGUCAUCUUUGUUGGCAAAGGCGAGAACAACACUUGUGCAUAUCAAGAUGGCGACUGCACGGGGCUGACCUUUGACCUAAGAAAGCAGAGGAAUAAAUGUUUCUGGCAGAAGAGCUGUUCCUUGAGGUGGCGGGACCAAUUACCAAUAGCCUAUUCAAAGAAUAUCUCCUGUAAAGGAGUCAUGCCUGAAUACGUCAACAUGGAAAACCCAUUGUGUGUGCCAGAAGAUCACCUCUACGACAUCUGUUCCCACGGUAGCGAUUUCAACAACGUCGACUACGGCGUGAUACGCAGCCAUGUAACGUACCCGUCGACGUACGCUGCACAACCUAGAAUUUGCACUCUCACACUGCCCCCUAAACCUCAACGUCGGCUGGUUGUCACAGUCGAUGCCGGUGACGUGGACGACGGUGGCAGCUUGUCAAUACGCACAUAUGCUGAGGGAAAUGCUGUAGAUGUUGCAGCUGGGAUGGGGACGAAUUUUGAAGCUCAGGGCAAGGAGAAGAUGAAGCUGAGGUUUAGAGCCUCCACAGGUGGCGCGGGAUUCCUUGUCAGAUUUGAAUAUAAGCUGGAGGAAACUGCACCCGAACAAAGAAACAACCGACGUGAAAGACCCGUUCCCAUAUUUCCAGAAACUCUUUUCAAAGUUUAUGGGUCGGUCGAGGAAUGCAUUACACCCAAGCGCGAACAGAUGAACUUAACGUGUCCUCCCGGUCACGUGAUCUAUAAACCGGAAAUCAAGGUUGGAGUGAGCACUGAUGGAAGAUGUUCGUACCGUCGUGGAGACUGCCUCGGCAUGACUCACACAUUCCUCACACAGAAGUAUGUGUGUUAUUGGAAAAACUCCUGCGAGUUUGCAUGGAAGACAGGAGUUCCUAUCACAAUGUCGCGGGCCAUCAGGUGUCUGUCUGUCCCGCCCAAAUACGUCUCCUUCUCAGGGUACAGCUGCAUUGAAGAAGAUAAAGUGGUCGAGCUGUGUGACAGAGAUAGUUUAGUGGUCAACAAAACCCAGGGGGUGGUCAAGAGUCAUAGCAACUACCCCUGGCAUUACAAGGUGGCAAAAACAUCAUGCCGGAAGAUGAUCCGUGUCCCGAGAGAUGGCAAACUGCGCCUUCGCACCCAAGAUAUCGACCUUGACCCCGAUACGAAGGGAGAUAACGUUAAGAUAUACCAUAUAAAAGGCCGCAGGACCCUGAGGAAAAAGUUAAGGGGGAGUAAUACGUUGGAUGAAACAUUUUCUGGCGGGUGUGUGGAAAUAGUGUUUCGUGCAUCACCACAGUCAAAAUCUGGAAGAGGAUUUGUUUUGCAGUUUGAGACGGAUGUUCAAACUGUAGCUGAGGAUAAUUAUGAAGACUGCGCCAAGGUGACAAAGUCUCACAGGUCUGCGGGCAAGAAAGGGAAACAGAAAAAGCGUGGUCGCAAGCAGAGGAGAAGGGGGAGAAGGGGCCACAAGAAGAGACGCAAUGGAAAGAGACGCGGAAAAACUCUUAAAAAGAAGCGAAAUGCUCGAAAGGGGAGGAAAAGGAUGAGGAUGUAAUAUGUACAACACUCUGACGAAAAUCCUUUCUUUCACUCCAAUACGAUACGUUAAUGUGUAAAGACCUGAGGGCACCUUUAUACCCCGUCGUGUCCAGUGAACUUUGCUAACGUUGACCGCCCUAACUAGAUGAAGAACGCAUGGGUUCUAUAUCAAUAUUCUAUAUGACAAGUAUGGAUUGUUUUGGGACCUGACAAGCCAUCUUUCGGGUGGGUGUGUGCCCAACGCGAUAGAGAGUGUAGAUAAAACCCGUUCUGUUUAACAGAUGGUACCUAGAACAUGAAUUAUGUAUAUCUCUUUCGAGAUGUUACGUAUGUCGCUGCGACAUGUUUUUAUCAGCAAAUUAUUAUUAUUUUCUUAUUGCAUUGUUAUUUGUUGCAUUCAUCAACAUUUUACAGAAAACCAAAUUACAAUGACCUCCGCAUGGUAUGAAACAACAUCGACUUCUCUUCAUACUGGACUUGAGCGGACACGUUUAUAUGGACUCUUAACAGAAUAUCGUCACGAUAUGGCUGAAAUAUUGCCGAUGUGACGUUAAAUAUUAACUCACUCACUCACUUAACAGAAUAGAGCAUGACAUGACGACCUGCACUUUGAAAAGGAGUCUGUCUUACAGACCCCGAUACAAAUAUAUAUCAAAUACAGCCCAUGCAAGUCUAUAAUGUUUGGCAAGUCUAGAUCACUGCAGUAUAAGGAAAAUGAAGAGAGUCACUGGGCUCCUUUUUAUUAUAUUUUUAUUAAGAUAACUGAACAACUGUUUUUUUAUGUACGAUAUGUUCAUUUCAGAGACUAGAUGUAAGUCUAUUUGAAAAGGAAUCUGUGAUCAUGUAGUAUUGUUGUACUUUAUUCUGGAGAGUACAGAAGUGUGGCAUAGUUUUGUGAAACUUAAUUUUUUAAUCACAUUUUUAAAAAGUUUAAUAAUAAUUUGGAUAUUUGUUUCUACUUGGAUAACCAAGUAGGACAUUUCUCUUUGUUAUUUAAUUUAUUUUUUAAAUUUUUAUCGUAUAGCAAUUCUUUUAGUAAAUUCCAGAAAAAGCUUACCUUGCUGCAUUCCCAAUAAAUAUGAGUGAUUGUUUCUGUAUCUUUGGCGAAGAAAUUACAGCUACUGAUCCAACAUAUCUUAUUUUUGACAGGAUAUUAUAUUUGGUAAGAUAGAAUAGAUAGUGUAGAAUACUGUUUUGGAACCAUUGCAAACUCUUCUGCACAUCUAAGGGGGAAUUACAUUGUAGUGUGGUCAAUCGUUAAUAGAAAGUUUGUUUUUGAUACAUGUACCAAACCUUUUUACAAAUGUGUCAAAUGAAAGUAGUUUCGACUUAUCAUCGAUUAUGGCAUCUAUCCAACAGAUACCAUGCUGACACUAUUCUUUAUGGAUAAAAGCGACAAAACCCUUUCCAUAUUCAAAAGAAACCUCUGAAAAAUUAUUUAGAAAUUUAGAAUUUCCGAUAGAACAGUUAAAACCAUCUAUGUAUGGAGGGACCAAAAUUAAGAAAAUAUAUAAGAGAGUUCUAUAUGCUAUGUCAAUCCAGAAAGAAAUAAGACUUCAACAGUAAAGCCUUCAUGACCUGGGAUUUUUUCAUUCCUUAAACAUUUUAAAGCAGCCAGUACUUCCUCAUACUUUUAUUCGUCUUCCAGAGCUGGUGAAGUUAUCUAAAAUUUGCUUAAUUUAGGGAGAUCAUAGUCUUUAAGCAAGCCUUCGAAUUCGGGGUUAAUAUCUCUUACCUCUUCGUCUAUAUUUUGCAGUGAAAACAAACUCUUAACUUCUGCUUCUUCUUGAAAUUUGUGUUGUUUUUCGAUCGCCAUCCCGUUACCGCUUUCUAAUAUUCCCAAUGAUAUGUGAAUGAAGUUUCGUGAUUCUAGACCAAGAACAUAUUUUGUUGGGUUUUCUCCCUUUUCAGUCCUUAUUGCUUUAGCUCUUAUCAUGAGGCUAUGUGUUUUUAUUUUGUUGAUUUCUCAAGUGUUUCCUUUAAUACUUCGAGCUUUUGCAUUCGUUACAUUUUGGUUUUGUUGCAAGAUUCGUCCAGUCUUCGUGUUAUUUCAUCCAUAUUUCUGGUUUUCUUUCUGUUUUAUUCGUUUCUCGUUUUUUGUGGGACGAGUAUUUUAUGGUUUCUCCUCUAACCAUAAAAUAUAAAGUUUAAAAAAACAGCUGAUCGUCAAUACUUUAUCCAUUCGUGUUGUAUUUUCGUACUGAGUAGCAGUUUCAGACCUUUUUACCAUGUUGACAUAGUAUCUUACAAAAGAAAAUUGUUGAUUACGUUUCUGUUUAGCAAAUAUUUAUUUUGUUAAUAAAACAGAAAAAUCGAA